AUGGGUGAAACCGAUGCAGAGUACCUUAAAAUGCUUGAGCUUCAAAGGCAAGCCUUUGAAGCACAAUUUGGCUCAUUGGAGUCUAUGGGGUAUGAAGACAAGACCAAGGAGGGAGAUGAUAGUGGAUCUAGUGACGUAGACUCUUUUAGUGGUGAUUCCGACUUAUCUGACAAAGAGGGCAGUGAUGAGAGCGAGCAGGAUGAGGAACAAUUCCGUGGGUUUGAUGAAGAAGAUGAUGUUGAAGAUAAGUCAGUGAGCAAAUCUGCAGACAUAAGACAGCCUAAAGUAAUUAAAUUCUCUGGGGCCAAUGACACUUACGUACCGCCUAGCAAAAAAGAGCAAAAAUUGCUUAGAAGCGGUAAGACCUUAAACAAGAACCGGAAGCUUCUCGAGAGCGAGGGCACUGAAACUAAACCAGGAGAUGAUGAAGGUGAGGACAUGGAGAUGGAGAACUUGCAAAACGAUAUAGAGCUUCAACGAUUUUUGAAGGAGUCGCAUUUACUAAGUGCGUUUAACAGUGCUACCAGCGGUGCGUCUCUGACAUUGGACGGGUUGAAGGACACCACGGUCUCAUAUCAGGAUGACGAAGUGAUGGGGAAAGCCAGGGCCAGGACACUGGAGAUGAGGUUACAAAACAUAUCGAAGGUCAACGGUGAUGGUAGAAAGAUCUCCAAAUUGGAGAAAGUACCCAUGCAUGUGAGGAAAGGUAUGAUAGACAAGCACGUAAAAAGGAUAAAGAAAUACGAGGAAGAAGCCGCAGAUGCCGGUAUCGUUUUAUCUAAGGUCAAGAGUGGUAAUUUCAGAAAGAUAGAGUCCACAUAUGUUAAAGAUAUAGAGAGAAGAAUAGGUAGCAGUAUCAAGUCCAAGGACCUAGAAAAGAGCAAGAAAAGAACCCGUGGUCUUAAAGUGCAGUCAGUUGGUAGAUCCACAAGAAACGGUCUGGUUAUCUCCUCAGAAGACAUUGCUCGCAUAAACGGCUCUGGCAAGAGCAAGCGCAGAAGGUAA